AUGGACGCGCUCGUUAGCUGCCUUCAAAGAGCAGCGCUGAUUAAAUUAAGAUACAUUAAACAUCACACACACAAGGGCAGCGACGAUCUCCAGCAACUUUUCUUUCGUCUCCUUUUCUUUUUUCCUCUUCUCACUCGUUCUUUCUAUUCGGCUUUCAUCCCCCACACUUUGUUAUUGUUGUUUUAUACAUAUCUUAUAUUGUUUCUCUUCGUUACUUUCCUUUCCUUCCUUCCUUCCUUCCUUUACUCUCUUCUUUAUGCCAACUUAACCCUCUCUCUCUCUCUAUGUCUUUUACGCAAUCUCCGACUUUUUCUCUCACAUACUCUCUUCUCUAAUUUUCUUUCUCAUACUCGACAUUCUCUCUCCAAUCCCCCCACCACUCACUUCUUUCUAUACUCUAUAUAUUCUCCUUAUUUCCCCUCUUGUCCCAUUACUAACCUUUUCUGCCCCUCUUUCUCCCUCUCUAGUCUCCUUUUCUCACUUCUCUCUAUUUUCUUUACUUUCUGUCUCUCUUUAUUCUCUUUCCUUUCUCCCUCUCUUCUCUGUCUCUCUUUUCUGUAUUCUCUUUCUCCCUCCCUUUUCUGUAUUCUCUUUCUCCCUCCAUUCUCACUAUUCUAUUUGCUUUGUACCUCUUGUCUCUCUAUUCUCUUUCUCUUUCUCCUUCCCUCUAUUAUAUUUACUUUGUCUCUCUCUUCUCUCUAA